AUCUUAAACACUUCUAGCAGUUCGUGGUUUCCUAUCACUGACAAUCCACAAGAAAACAUCCUCCAACUUAUUCAUGUCUAUAUUAUAAAUGAUCCCAUCACUACACCUCCUUCCUCAGCGAAACUAGUUUAUCAUUAACUACUGCAACAUUUCAACAUGAAGGUUCUAAAUUGGAUGUACCGGAAAUCAAAGCAAGACAACAUUCAGCCAUUGAAAAAAUUAUCAAUUGGGAACUCCUGUUCUUGUCUCUCUGCACAGCUGCCAUUUGAUGAGCCCCAAUACCAUUCAGAACCAAGCUACACCUCUGCACACACAAAGCAGAACAAAUGGGAAUGUUCAAGAUAUUCUAAUGGCCUCAAGGCAAAAGAGGAAGAAGUGUCUGAAGAAGAAUCCGCUGUCAUGAUGUCUGAGCUCUUUCAUGGUUUUCUAACAAUUGGAACCCUCGGUGCAGAACCUAAUGUUGCAGAGCCUACAACACCAAAGUUUGCUAUAUCUUGUCAAAGUGCAAAUGAAAAAGAAACUUUAGUAACAGAGACUGAGUUAAAGCUUAUAAACAAUGAACUAGAGAAAUUUUUUGAAGCUGAAGCAAAAGAUGUUGAUUAUGACUCAUCAGAAAGGAGCAGCUUUGUUAGCACUAUUACGCUCGGUGGUUAUCACAUCGAAGAAACUGAUGCCCAAGAAGAUAAAAACAUGGUGACAUGGCCACUACAACAGUAUCUUUUUAGUUCAUCGAUUGAAUGUCCAGAAAUAGGAGCAGAGGUGAAGAAAGAAAAGCGAUCACUUGGGGACCUCUUUAAGAAUGAUUACAAAAACCCUGAGCAACAAAAGGAACAAAAUGAAGAAGGCAGGACGGCAACUAAAGGAACAUGUGCCUUAAAAUUCAUGAAGAAGAUGCUCGGAAAGAUUCAUGGUACCUCAGGGGGCAGCAAAUGUUCUGUUAAUGAUCAUGCUGCUGGCAAUGUUUCAACCAAGAGGAAACUCCCUAAGGUCUUAAGACUGUUGCAGAAAAGGAUUCAUCCAGAAAUAUCAAUAUUUCCUGUCCAGAAAAUGAACAAGCCACACAAGUAUGAGGACAGAACAAAAAAAGAAGAUAGAGCUGUGACAAUCCUAGAAAAACGCAAUCACAAGUUUCCUAAAAAGACUAUUUUGAAGGAAAAUGUAAUAUCUGUUAGCAAUAAUCAUGAUAGCUUUGACAGGAGCCAUUCAGCCGGAGAUGGGGGACACUGGAUUAAAACAGAUGCAGACUAUCUGGUUCUGGAGCUCUAAAGGGCCAAACAGUACUGUUAUGUUGUCAUCUUUGUGAUUUACGUGUGAUGUGUGAGUGUGUGAUGUGUGAGUUUGAUCGCAUGGUUUAUCAUUUUAGCAAGUAUCAUGUCAGUGAUGACGUAUGAGUCAUAGUGAUCUCAAGUCAUCGAAUGACAGUCAGCAAGAAAAGCUAUAUUGUUACGAUCAAAGUGAUUCUGGUCAUGUAUGUAACUAAAUUUGAGCUAAAUGAGCAAUACAUAAAACCUGUUUUACCA